AUGAGCGGAGUUCAGCUCAAGGCGGUCCAGGACCUGCAGGCGCAGCUCACGAAGGUGAUGGAGGAGCUGGAUCACAAGGUGUUCCGCCCCCAGCAGAAGGCUGCCUUCCAGUGCAGCAUCAAGUGCACCGAUCUGCGAGGACCCCAGGAGGAGAUGCACGCGUGCCUGGCUAAGUGCGGCGAGCCCAUCCAGCGGCACGAGGCCGCGGUCAUGGGGGAGCUCCAGGAGUUUCAGCACAGGGUGCAGAGGUGCGUGCAGCAGUGCCAGGAUAAGCAGGCCACCACCCAGGACCAGGGCAAGUUUGACAAAUGCGUUAGUGAGUGCGCCGUGUUCUACCAGAAGGAGCUUGCGUCCCUCAAGCCGCAGCUGAUGAAGAAACGGUGA